UUACGUUCAGUGGCGACGUAGGAGUAAAAUUCAGGAGAACACUAUUUGUUUUACGAACUUAGUUGUGUGGUUGCUUCUUGUUUGACUUUUUGCAUUCUUUGUUUGUUGCAAAACUGUGUUUUGUUUUAAUUAAAUUAAAGUCGUGUUUAUAUGCUUUCUUAUUAUAGAUUUUAGUAUUAAAAGAUAUUGUUAGGAUCUGACGUUUCAAUGUUGUCCAUCUGUAGACUUGGUGGUCACACCAAGGAAGUUAACUCGUGCACUUUUUCCACACAAUAUUUUGUGACUUGCUCUGGUGACAAAACAUUAAGAGUUUAUUCAGCAACAACAUUCACUGAGUUGCCAUACUCGCCGAUAAAAAUCUUUAAAUAUGGGGUGAAUUUUGUAAAGUUUGAUAAAUCAGGUUCUCUACUGGCAAGUGCGUGCUCAGAUGGGAAAGCACAUCUGUUUCAGCUGAGUGAAACAGACUACCAGGUUGUGGCAGUGUUUCGACAUUCAGACGUAAACACAGCGCAAGUGUGCGCUUUUUCCAGCCAAUCGAAUCUACUCGUUACUGGAUCUGCUGAUGGUUCAAUUGCAUUGUGGGAUAUAAACAGUAAAAAACAAGUCAGAAUUAAAGCUGGCCAUCCUGAGGGCAACGUAUAUGCAGCUGCUUUCACGCCUUGUGAUCAUUUUCUUCUUACUGGUUCCGCACUCGGUGAUAUUAGAAUGUGGAAUAUGCAGCAAAACAGAAUUUUUCAACCUAUAUCACUCACACAAGCACAUGAUGAAGGCAUCUCAUCAUGUGGUGUCACGUGCAUCGUAUUUUCACCAACUUUUCAUCAAUCACUUGACAAUCCAGAUCGAAGUUAUCUAGUUGCAUCUUCGGGGCAAGAUAACAACGUAAAGAUGUGGAUUUUCAACUAUGCUUCAAGAAGUCUUCAGUUAUUUCAAACACUCUCAGGGCAUGGUGGGCCGGUUAACUCGUGCGACUUUUCCCUGGAUGGCAGCAAUAUUGCUUCGGUUUCAUUUGAUAAAACGGUUCGCAUAUGGGCAUCGAUAUCUGGUGAAACAGAAAUGGUUCUUGACGGUCAUUCCACCAUUGUAACAUCAGUAUCUUAUUCAAGAGACGGCAAAUACUUAGCUACCACUGGUUAUGAUAAAGUUACCACUGUAUGGAAAAUACAGGGCGAGACAACAUCAAACAGUUGUGUUUCUCCCAAUCGAGCUGCUGUCUCGGCCGAUGUGCUUGGUUUACUCAAAGGACAAACUGAUUCUGCAACCCCACCAUCUGCUGCAGCAGCUGCAAACAUUUCAUUUCAAAACUGGUCAUGUGACGAGGUUGGGGAGUGGUUGACCAAUGAGAUGAAACUUGAACAAUAUGUGGAAGCGUUUAAAAAUAAUGAUAUCGAUGGUGCGGAGCUCGAAAGUUUAACUUCAGAAAUUUUGCAAAAGGAAUUGGGAAUAACUCCUCUGGGACACAGAAACAAGAUUAUAAGAGCGAUAAAAGCUCUUCAAGGAGGCAAGAGAGCCCAACAAGAGGAGCUUGACCUCUCUGCGUUGGUUGGGGCUCUUCCUCAGUCUUUACAAGCGAUUGCUCCAUCUGUGAUCAACCAGUUUAUGAAACCAAACGCAAAAGAAAGUGGAGAUGGCAAUGAUGAAUAUGAAUGGAAGAAAGUUCACCUGAUACCUCCAGGUCAAAGAGUACCAGCAAAUAGACCAGCAAAGAUUGCAAAAGAAGGAGAAUGGCAGAACAUAACAUAUGGGAGUCCUGUUCAAGUUACCAACCUUAGAAGAAGUGAAGCUGAUGAGACAGCACCAGAUGAAUACCUUUGUCCGAUAUCAAGGGAAAUAAUGACAGACCCUGUUUUAGCUGCAGAUGGUUUCACAUAUGAGCGCGCCUCUAUUGAGAAAUGGUUUGCAAAAGGCAGCAAGCUUAGUCCCAUGACAAACAAGGCUUUGGUAAACAGAAAUCUUUUUCCAAACCAAACUGUUAAAUCCCUGAUUGCGCAAUUUAUUGAAAGCAAAACUACAACCGGCUGGGUAGAAGAAAAACUAGACUGAAAAAAUGCUAAAAAUUAGAUUAUUGUUGUUUUUUUAAUCAAGUCCCCAAAAAAGUGCUCUAGUAAAAAACGCAAUGUAAUUUAUAUUAUUGCUUUUUUUUAUAUUUAAUACAUAAAAAUUAAAGUGUUCUAUAUAUAUGAAUGAAAUGUUAAAAUUAAACACGUUUAAAAUUUUGUUUAUUUUUAAUUAAGAAACUUUAACAAUUACCACUGCUUUUAAAUCAAACCAGCAUUGCACUAAAAUGUAUCAUUUAAAAGUGCUCAUUCAGUUCUUAUUUUAUUUUGAAGUUAGCCAGUUCAGGCUGUAGCCUGUCACCAUAGGCACCAAACCUGGGCUGGCUGGGUAUCCAGGUCACCCCUAUAUGUCAAAUUUACACAUUACAACUAAAUAUGUGAAAUUUGUUUCAAAAGAUUGUGUGUCUAAAAAUCACCCCGCUUUCUCUGCAUUUAUAAAAGAUUGGUGCCUAGAACUGUCACCUAAACCCUAAUAAAUUAUCAUCACAUAUUAAAAAAGUUUUUUAAUCAAUUUAGUGCAA